UGAUAAAAAGAAUUGUUUAUUCGAGAAUUUCUAAUUUUACAAUAAAUCGAUGAUUAAAUUAAUACGUCACGUUGAUCUUACCUUUACAAUAGAUCUUCGUUUAACUUGUGUUAAUUAAUCUCGACCCGUUUAACUUUUAUUGUGUAUUUGUAUUAAGAAGUAAUAAAACCAUGGAUGGAUCAUGAAUCUUAUUAAAAGUUCAAUACACUGAAUCCCGCAUGAUUUUGAUUAAAAUUUUUACGUGAAGUUCGAGCACGAAGAAUGAAAAAUUUUUAAAUUUAGAUUAUCAACAAAUUUGAAUUUUUGCGCCAUCUCUUGUCACACAAGUGAUCUUCGUAGUAAUAUUUUUCGAAAUAAAGGAUACGAAAAUCGCGGCGAAAAUUCGUCUAUUCCUUGACCUGGAUCCAUAAGAUCGUGAUUGUGUCAAUUUCUAAGGGAUUCAAUAAAUGAUAAUAAACAUGAUAGAACAUUCGGGGUUCUUUACACGACAAUAAAUAUAUCGACAAAAGAUAAUAGAUAAAAUAGGGGUGAAAAUUUGUAGAGCCUUCCAUGUCGUAUAACAAUAUGUACAGUGUGAUUGAAACGAAUAAAAUUUAUAAAAUCAAUUAUGAUUCCUUUUUCCAAGUACUUCUACUUGAAAAGAAAUUGAAUUAUUAUUAAUAUUGAAGAAAAUGACGAAGUAAAUAAUUCUUUAAUACGAUUAAUGUGAAACUAAAAUUUUUCACAUGGCUAUAAUUUUAUAAUUAGUUAAUCAUGAAGUAAUGAAAUUGGCUGUAUUAUGAAGACGAUUUUAAUGCUCGACGAACGUGGCUAUAAAUAAUACGUGCAAUGCACAAAAAUGUGGAUUAUUCUUGGAACGGAUUUGAUGUUAUCUCGUAGAUAGCGUUCGUUGAAGGAACUUCUACAGGCAAGCUUAAGUGGUACAUUAUUAAUAUGUAUAAUGUACAAAUAAAACAUAUUGUUUAGCCUUAUUUUAAUUGAUUGUAUAUAUUUGUGUUCUAAUACAUAUAUCUGAGAUUUGAUUCUAUGAUAUUUAUUACAUAAUAUAUAAUUAUCUAAUGCUCGGUGUGCAUUAAAAAUUUUGAUUAUGAUGCAAAAUCAAAUUUGCUGAUGAUAACUUGUAUAAUUUAAUGUCAAACAAAGAUUUUAUCAAAUUACACUUAUGGGUGUCUCAAAGAUGCUUAAACGUCUGUUAUAUACAAAUUUUGUAUUGUGUAGUUCAAAGGCCAUAGGAAUUUUGGCACCUUUAAUGAUACCUCCUUUACACAUAGCUUUUUUAUAUUAUUUCUGGCAAGAGUAUGCUCGUGAUGUUGAUAAACAAUAUUGUUCGUGUUCGUGCUGGGAUACAGUAUUUAAAGGAUCUUAUGAAUCAGGGAUUGCCUCUUAUAAACAUAUGUACUUUAAUGCCACUAUGAAUAGUUUAAAAAUAUGGAUAACCAUAGUUAUUGGAAUUGUUACUUUCUAUGAAACAGUUAAGUACUUGAUAUGGUUGGCGUUUCAACAGCGCCUCAGACUUAGUAUGAUGUUACUUUUUUCGACUGCUGUUUUCUCACAUUAUUACUCAUGGUGGGUGUAUAUUAAUUAUUGGAACGACGAUUUCUACUCUCAGUGGUAUCAUCAACUAUUUUUUUCUAUCACUGAGUUAAUAUCAACCUUCCUGGUUGUUCACUUGGCAGACAAAAAAAAUCUUAUAACUCAUAGAAAAGCAUUUGGAAUAAUUGCAAUUGCAAUUUUACACAUUGUAGCUGGUGGUUGGGAUCAGUUUGUUGCAAAUGUUGUAAGAGGAGAAGGAUAUGCUCAUCAGGUUGUACGAGAUUUGGGAUUUAUGAUCCCUGAUAUUCUUCAUGUUGCUGUUCCUCUGUGGUCCAUGCAGUGGAAGAAUGCUUAUAAUCUUCCAGGAUCUAGUACACGAGAUCCUAGCAUUAGAAGAGAUCUUGCUUAUAUGUUAGGCAUGAUAUUAAUAGGACUGUGUGUUUGUGCCAUUUUAUAACAUGGUAAAUCAAACUUCAAAACAUGGUAGUGUCCUAAAAGUUAGGAAUAAUACCUUAAUUGUUUAUAUGUUUUCAUUGUUUUUUAAAAGGGCUUUUCAAAAAUUCAUAGCUUUAAUGUUUUAAUUGAAAGUAAUGGCACUAAUUGUGAACAUUCAAGUAAUGGUUAAAGUAAUACUAUUACUUAUAUCAUUGAAAAUAUCAUAUUUUUGAUGUUUGACUGAAAUUUUACAGUGUAGUUUUAAUAGUAUGUAUGUAGGAUAUGUAGAAAAGACAUCCAAAGACUUAAAAUCAAAAUAAUUUGAAAUAUUUUGUUUAUCUCAAUAGUACAAAUUGCUAUAUUAAUUUAUUUUUUUUUUUUUUUAAGUAGUAUAUAGAUAAACGCUUUUUAGUUUAGUAGAAAUAUAAGUGAAAUAUAGUUUAGUAGAAAUAUAAAUGACACAACAUGUGACUUCCAAAGAUUGUGUUUUUAUCCUUUUAGCAUAUCAUAAUUAUUUAUAUAGAAUUUUUCUAAUUUAAAUAUGGUCUGAAUAUUUUAUAUAACAAAUUUAAAAAAAAAACAUUUCUUAGUUAAUUAGUACAAUAUCUUUUAACUUGAAAUAAAAGAUAACUUAUGAAAUGGCUAUAAAUGUAGUUAAAUGGAUAUAAUAUGACAAAUACGAUUGCGUUAAAAAAUAUCUUAGUGUUUAGAGUUACCACAAGAAUUUACCUCACAUUGUUAGUAUUUUUAUAAUAUUUCGCCCCAUCUAUAUAUCUUAAAUAAUAGUUAAAUAUUAAAAUUUGGCAGUGUGCUGUUUUGUAGACACAUCUAGAAUGAGCAGUGAAAUUGUUUGUAAAAUUAUGGAUGUAUUUAUAGCACGAUAAGUGUGUCUAUAUUUAUAAUAAUUAGUAUAAUCAUAAUUUUAAAAGGACAAAAUUGUCAAUUUAAAAAUGAUAUCAAGGGAUGACAUAUCAACACAUAUCCAUUUAAUAUGUUGUUGAAGAUAAGAAAAUAGAGUAAAUUCAAAGUGAACACGGUAUAAUUGGCAUUUUAUUGAAAAUAAUAUUUAAUAAAAAAGGCUUAAUAUUUGAAGUGCCUAACAACAACUGUGCAGUAACUAUAUUGGUUACUGUUACUCAUUGUCGGUAUAUUGAGUGCCAGAAUGAUAAUAUAAGUUUGUCUUAUAUAUAAGUGCCAAGGCAAGAAUAAAAUGAAAUAUAAUGCAACAAACGUGAAGUAAAAAAAGAAAUUUUUGUAAUGAAAAGUAUAAAAAUUAUAAGUCAUACAUUUUAUCAUAAAUAAUAAGAUUUUUACUGAUAAAUAGCU